AUGGGCUGUUUCAGCUGCAAAGACAGCCGUGUCAAGUGCGAUCUCGAAAAGCCAUCAUGUGGGCGAUGUAAGCGUCUCACUCAUGUAUGCCCUGGUUAUCCGGAUACCUGGAGCUUGAUACACAGACAACAAAACGAGCAGGUUUCUCGCAAGGUACAAUUGAGAGUGAAUCGUCAGCAACGCCUGAGACAAAACAACACAGAUACACCGCCCUUGACGGCAUCGGCCAUUCCCGCCUCGCCCGUCUCAGUUUCCAGGGAUAUUGACCAGAACGUCCAAAUUUACGCCGUUCAUCGGAUGUACUAUGAUUUGUGCUUCGACGCCAGCGUGGGCGUGUUCGUAGCCCUUCCCUUCAUAGCUGUCAAUACUUCUUUGUCGCCUUUCAUGCAUGUUCUCCAAGCCGCAGCUCUAGCCCACUCGUCUGCAAAUCUUAACCAAUAUGGACUUCUACCCAAAUUGGAAUAUUGCGCCGCAGUUUCUGCAUUGAAGAGAGAUAUCGCCGAGCCGGCUCGAUUACAGAAUGACGCCAUCUUGAUGUCCAUUUUCCUCCUAGGCCUCUUCGAAGUCAGUUCUCUGACCCUCAUCGUUCUCAAUGUUCAUUUAUAUGCUAACUAA